CGAUGAUGCCACCAAAUAAACCAAAAUUGUAUAAAAACACUGGUAAGGCUAGCCCAAAGGCGCAAAAACCGGUGCAAAAUAACAUUCCGAUUACCCAACCUAGCACGUCAACAACAACUACUGAAAUGCCUAAUCAAGAACAAUAUGAAGUAGAGCUGUACUGGUGUAUACAACAACUACAAAAGGCAUUAGGAUCUGGUAAAUUAAAUAAUAAACAAGUUCAAGAUAAUACAAAAGCACUGAAUAUAUUGAUGAGCAACACUGCACCACUAGCUAGGAAAAGGCAAGUUAUGAGACUAUCGUUUGGGGACUACAGGCAAAAAAUGGCUGCAGAGGAGAAAAAGUUAUCCAAAAAUGCAGCUAAUAUGAAACUGCAGCCUGCUACAACUAACAAGAAAACAGUGUUUUUAAAGAAAAGUUUAUUUUCUUCCAAUGUAGAAAAUAGUUUUAAGUUUAACUUUAGUAUAAAUGAAAAUGAUACUGAAGAAACAGUAACUGUUAGUGAUAACCAAGAACAAAAUAGUGUUAAUUCAGAACCUUUUCAUUUUACACCAUCAAAUAAUUGCUUUAGGUUUAAUUUUGAUAUUGAAAGUGAACCAUGUGAUAAAACUGAAUAAAAAUGAAUGUUUUGUGAAAA